UCCAUUCCGAACGUCCCGUGUUCGCUUGAGUCUAUCAGGAUUCCAUCUCCUGCCUGGCGGGAGUUCAAUCACGAUGAGUCGCAAUCAGAACCCGAGUGCCGCAGUUUUUUUUUUUUUUUUUUGGUGAUUGUUCCUCUGAGGCGUGAGUAUCGGGAGGGGGAGAGAGAGCAGAAAGUUAAAAACAGUAAAACACGAGUCACUCCAACAAAGCAGGAAAAAGCCCCAGAGCCUCCAGAGAAUCGUGACUCGCGGAGAAAUAGCAAUGCGUCACGGGUGGGUGGGGGUGUUCAUAUCCACGCAUAUACAGUCAUAGUAUAUACUCACUAUGAUCUUAACGCGCUCAUUCCUCCACCCCGCCCCACGUCGCGUCGCGUCACACUGAACGGGGCUGCCCGCGAUACAACUAUUGAUUUCAUCUCUCUUUCUCUCGCUCCUCCUCCCUCUCCAUCACUUCUUCUCAGCUUUUCUUCAAGUGCUGCAGAGAGACGCGGCUGCUGCUGCUGCAUUGUGAGGAGAGAGGAAAAAACGCUAAAGGAAGAUCCGCGUUCCCGCGCUCAGAUGUCCGCGCGCCCGUGAAGUCUGGUCUCGCGUACAGUCGUGAAUGAAGCUGUCAGUCAGAAGGAUCCGCCUACUGCUUUGCAUACGCCACACCCUCCUGUCCACUGCUGUCUGUCUCCAAAACAGCCUGCAGUGAAGUUGAACUCUGAAACUCACAUUUGAUUCCUGGCUGGUGCAGUGGAGGAACAUCUGCAACCAUCAACAGCUAAACUCUGCAUUCGGUGAAGAUGGAGGACCCGUACCGAGACAGGACGUCUCUGGUCAAAGGCGCUCGUGACAUCGCCAAAGAGGCAAAACGGCACGCUGUCAAGAAGGUCAGCAAAGUGGUUGACCGCGCCUCUGACGAGUAUGCGGGCCGCACCUACAGCCGCUUUGAAAAUGACGAAGACGAGGGUGGUGACGAAGACUGUUACUACUAUCAGGACGGUCAGGCGCAGCGAGAGGACGAUGAAGGCUCCAGCGACGCCACCGAGGGACACGACGACGAGGACGAAAUAUAUGAGGGCGAGUAUCAGGGCGUGCCGGCGGGAGGCGGGGCUAACGAUGGGCGUGGCCAGGUGGCGAUUGGCCAGCCAUUGGCAGACGGAAUGAAGGACAAACGAGAGCUGGAGAAAGAGAGAGAGGCAGAUGAGGAAGAGCUGGCGCAGCAGUACGAGCUCAUCAUCCAGGAGUGCGGACACGGACGCUUCCAGUGGCAGCUGUUCUUCGUGCUGGGCCUGGCGCUCAUGUCCGACGGGGUGGAAGUGUUCGUCGUGGGGUUUGUUCUGCCCAGCGCUGAAACGGACAUGUGUGUGCCCAACUCAGGAGCCGGAUGGCUGGGCAGCGUGGUGUAUCUGGGAAUGAUGGUGGGUGCCUUCUUCUGGGGCGGUCUGUCAGAUAAGGUGGGCCGACGGCAGUGUCUGCUGGUGUGUAUGUCAGUCAACGGAUUCUUCGCCUUCCUGUCGUCCUUCGUUCAGGGCUACAGCACCUUCCUCUUCUGCAGGAUGCUCUCGGGAUUCGGUAUUGGCGGUGCGGUUCCCAUCGUAUUCUCGUACUUUGCGGAGUUUCUGGCCCGUGAGAAGCGUGGCGAACACCUGAGCUGGCUGUGCAUGUUCUGGAUGGUGGGCGGGAUCUAUGCCUCGGCCAUGGCCUGGGCCAUUAUACCACACUACGGCUGGAGCUUCAGUAUGGGUUCAGCGUAUCAGUUCCACAGUUGGCGGGUGUUUGUGGUGGUCUGCGCUCUGCCCUGCGUCUCUGCAGUCGUUGCGCUCACGUUCAUGCCAGAGAGUCCACGCUUCUACCUGGAGAUGGGAAAACAUGACGAGGCUUGGAUGGUUCUCAAACAGAUUCAUGACACCAACAUGCGAGCGCGUGGAGAGCCGGAGAAAGUCUUUACUGUGAACCGUAUAAAGAUCCCUAAGCAUCUGGAUGAGCUGGUGGAGAUGCAGCCGGAGUCGGCAAACCCUGUAGCUAAAGUCUUAUUCCGGAUCAAGAGAGAACUGCACGGAAUCUGGCUCACGUUCCUGAAGUGCUGGGAUUACCCCGUCAAGGACAACACUGUGAAGUUGGCUGUGGUUUGGUUCUCGCUGUCGUUUGGGUACUACGGUCUGUCUGUCUGGUUCCCUGACGUCAUAAAGCACCUGCAGGCAGAUGAAUACGCGUCCCGCGUCAAGAUCCACAACAACGAGAGAACCGAAGACUUCACCUUUAAUUUCACCCUGGAGAACCAGAUCCAUAAAAACGGAGUGUUUAUCAACGACAGGUUUAUUGGCAUGAAGUUUAAGGCCGUGACUUUCAUCGACUCCACCUUUCAGAGCUGUUACUUCGAGGACGUCAGCUCCGUUGGUUCCUUCUUCAAAAACUGCACCAUCAUAGAAGCGUUCUUCUAUAAUACAGAUAUCGACGACUCAAAAUUAAUCGGUUCCUCUGUGAUCAACUCCACGUUUGCGCACAACAAGACCGGCUGUCAGAUGACGUUUGAUGACGACUACAGCGCAUACUGGGUGUAUUUCAUCAACUUCCUCGGGACGCUAGCCGUGUUGCCAGGCAACAUAGUCUCCGCCCUCCUCAUGGAUAAAGUGGGCCGUUUGAGCAUGUUAGGCGGCUCCAUGGUGUUGUCCGGCAUCAGUUGUUUCUUUCUGUGGUUCGGCACCAGUGAGUCCAUGAUGAUAGCGAUGCUCUGCCUUUAUAACGGACUCAGUAUAUCUGCCUGGAACUCACUGGACGUGGUGACGGCCGAACUGUAUCCCACCGACAGGAGAGGAACUGGAUUUGGCUUUUGUAAUGCCAUGUGUAAAUUGGCUGCAGUCUUGGGGAAUCUAAUAUUUGGUUCGUUGGUGGGAAUCACGAAAUCCAUCCCGAUCCUGUUGGCGUCGACUGUGCUGGUCGCCGGAGGCCUGGUGGGUCUGCGACUACCCGACACCCGCUCCAACGUCCUCAUGUGACCCCACUACACCUGUGACCUCUGAACCCUGAGUCGCCACGGAAACACGCAGGACACGCUCAGGGUGCGGGAGAUUAUGAUGUGUUUGUGUUGUUUAUUCAUUUAAAGUAUGUUGUUUGUUUACUUAUUAACGAUUAUUUAUGGAUUUAAUUUAUUGGUUUAGCUUUUGACUUGCCCAGUUUAGAUCAAAACUAGAUUUUGAUGCCUUGGUUGCUGCAAUGAAAUGUUAUGAUGUUAUAAAAUGUCAAAACAAAACUGACUGUGAGUUUGUGAGCUAAUCUGGGUGGGCAGAAAUAUUUAAAAUUAUUUAUUUAGAAAAUUCAGAAAUUUUAUUCCUUUUUUAACAUUUUAUCUUUAUUAUUUAUUUAUAGCUGAACACACAAAAAAAAUCAGGUGAUUUUAAUAUUUCUUUUUUAUUUUUAAAAUUAAAACACUAUUUAAUUUCCUUGAAAUGCUCAAACAAGAGUAAAAAGGCCAUUUAGAGAUGUAGACAUUAGCCAUAACAGCUUUUAUUGGUAGCGUAGGUCCAAUUCUCUAGUCGCGGCCUUUGCAAUUUGGAGGCCCGUUUCAAAGAAACAGUCAGAGGCUGUUCCUACCCUCCCCAGAGGAAAAAGACAGACAAAAACAUUGUAUGCAAUGCGACUGCAAUUACUUUAUCUCUGCUAUAUUUAUAUAUUUAUUUAUAAACGCAUUCUAUCUCUUUAACCAGAACUAUUGUUACAAUCAUGACUGAAAACAAAAACAGCAUUCAAUCUUCAUCCUUCAGUCCCUCAGCCUCUCAGCUAAAAUUAAAUGAUACUAAAAUCACCAGUAGGUGGCGUCAAACCAUUGUCUUAACAAAUUAGUCAUUGAAUCAUUCAAUCAAAUGAAUCAUUCAAAACAGCUGAUUCAUUUAGGGACAAAGCAAAAGUGAGUGAGUCAUUAGGCGCGUCCCAAUUCGCGUACUAUUCUAUGCCGUUUUGUAGUAUAAAUAGUGUGAGUGUUGUGUUCACACUGAAAAUUCCAAAAAGAAUAAGUGCACUUUAAACACCCAGAUGAUACACUUAAUUAACCGAAAAAAUGAAGUGUGGAAUGAUGGACACUUAAUGCACUCAAUUGUCACAGCUUUAAUUACGUAGCGAAGGGGGAGGGGCAUCAGACUCCGAUGUUGGACGACAAAAUACCCAUAUAAAUUUUAUACACUACACAGUUGAGUACAUAGUGCAUAAGUGCACAGUGUAUAGUGCGUCAUUUGGGACACAACUGUUGAGUCAUUCAUUAAAACGAUUUGUUAAAAAAAACGCAGAUUCGUAACGAAACCGAAACCGUGUAGCUCAGAGACGCGCAAUGGCUCUACUGUUUGGAAAUAUUUUCGAUGGCAAAAUAGAGGAAAAUCAGACAAUAUUGUGUCAAAAAUCGAAGUAACCUAAUAGCCUAUUAACUUAUUGUUUAUUGAAUUGUUGUAUAAAAUUAAUAUCACAUUCGAAAAUGUGCUGAUAUUUGGGAAAACAGCACUUUUGCUCGUGUGAUAUUGCUUAUAAAUAUUAAAACAAGGAAUUAUAUGAAGACAUUUUUUGCACCAUAUCUGGGUUUUUGGAAGCAUUUUUAUUAAUUUUGGUGGCAUUUUUGCCCCAGGCCCCCAUUAAUUUCCACCCCUGGUGUGUAUGCACUGCGUGAUGGCGGGGGCGGGGCUCUUUUUCGAACGCAAGCGAAUGGAGGCCAGGGUUGCCAGGUUUUCACAACAAAACCCGCCCAAUUGCUACUCAAAACUAGUCCAAUUGCAUUUCAGGGGGUUCCUCGGUAAAAAUUGCACCCCCAGGGGGUAAAAUCCGCAUUUUUGGCGAGGUUCCCCUGGUAAAAUUCGCAUUCCAGGGGCUAAAUAUCAUGUUAUUUGGAUUCGCUUCAAACCGCAGACAUGAAAAACAACCCGUGGCAACAGUGUUAUAGUAGCCCAAUUCGCGGGAAAACCGCAGACUUGGCAACACCCUUCUGAAACGGCUGAAAUAUAGCAAAGGCCGCUACCGCUGGUGACUUCCACCGAAACAUUUCUUGAACAAGACGAUAACAAUUAUCCAGUUUACAUUUUCUGCUUUUUAUAAUGUUUUAGCUAGCGGAAGAACACGUCAGACGCACUCUGACCGACACGCGUCGACUUCAUUCUUGCCUUCGUGAACUUUGUCGUCAAUGUAGCUAAAACGGACUUCAUUUGUGUGUCUCUCUCUUGGUUUAAGGGUUAAAGGCGUCUUGAUAACCCUAGUCUAGCUGCUACGCUUCCAUGUGCGAACUCUUCCUCUGAAAACUGAAUGGCCUUUUGCUUCCUCUCCGUGCCUCCUUCCUCUAAAAUCCCUCCGGUCGGCUUCUCGUAGGUUGUAGCGAUCCAUCGUACAGCAGAACUGAGCGUGUGUUCAAACGCUCUACUGCUCAAAUAGGCGGAAAAAAUAUGUUGUGUUUCGCCAUCACAUUCCACUGGAAAUUUCGUACAUGCAAUUGUGCAAUAUGACAGGACGUGAUACGGCCGCAUUAUAGAAAAUAAUAAAAGCCAUUCAGCCUGGUCUGAUCUCAAUGACGCACAGGCCCUGCUGCUGCUGUCUACAUGCACUGAAGUACACUAAACAGCAGAAACAUACUCUAUACAAGUGCACUGCGUCAACGCCGAGACAUUUCAGACGGAGUUUGCAUUCACGUACUUGUGUUGAAGUAUGUUUCUGGCCUAAUUUAACGAUAUUUUGUUGUGUGUAUGUCGGAAAAGUAAAGAUAAACACUUGUUUUGAACUUAUCACGGGCGACAACGUGUGCUGUACAUGUCUAAAUGUUGUAAAGUGUUGCCUGUUGAGUUAAAACAUUAUUUUUUCAUUGUCAUGUGUAUGCAGACGUUUCCUCAUGUGUUUGUGUAGAUAUCUUGUAUUUACUGACAUUCAUUUGUCUAUAGGUGUUUAUUUUGGCUGGUUGUGUGAUUUUUUUUGGGGGUGUUAUUUGAGGUUCUGAACAAAUUCAGUUCAUGAGAGGAAUGAAUUUAAUUUAAAGUUAUGCAUCUCCUGGUCUGAACUGUCUAUUUGAACUUGUGUUUUUCAUAUUAAUUUCUGAACAAAUUCAAGUGGCCUAUCUGAAACAUACCACACAAACAAAUGAAACGUGAUAUCUUGUUAAUAAAUACACCCCUGCAUGUGCAUAUUGAGACUUUGUGUUGCAGUGAUUUGUCUGUCGUGCUUUCGCCAUGAGUUUAUUUCUCGGUUUUGAAAGAUGAAUGUAUCAUUAUUGUGAGUGUGUGAUGUCGUUCUGAAAUGGGUUUUGAUUGGUUGUGGAUCUGGCAUGCCAACGACACGUCUGCCGUCAAGUGUCUGUGACGUCACUGGCCAGAUUUCUCUGAUAUAUCUGAUUUUAUUUUGAAAAGUAAGAGAAAAGUGCCAUGUACAGUGUGAACAGAACUGAAGUGGAUCCAGAUGAACUGCUAUUAAAGAGUUUCAUUAUAAGACUCUA